GGGGUUGGGGUUAGGGAAGAGGUUUGGGUAAGUGGAAUAAGUUGACAUGCACAUGCAAAGAUACUUAUAGACAGUUGAAUGUCUGUUGAGAUAUCAUCACAAUAAAGUGUUAGUAGAUAUUAAGCAGACAGUUUACUAAUUCUCUAAAGAUUGUUAGUUGAUAAGUAGUUGCAAAGUUACUUAUAAUAAGUAAAAUGUCUAAAGUGGACUAUCGAAAUAAAGUGUUACCCUUUAUAAUAUUCUGAAUGUGUCCUCUGGAGACUGCAGCCUUCGGAUUGAGAAUUGGCCAAAGUCGAACAAACCUCUUAUCUUUGGUGGUGUGUUUACACUUUUGUGGGUCAUAUCUGAAAAAAAUCUGAAUCAGGUCAUUUAAACAUAGCAAAUUAUCACUCAUGCAUUUCUUUUUGAUUUAAUACUAAAGGCAUUUGUAUUUAAUCAGGUAAAAAUCUAUCCCCUAAAAUCUCAAAACUAUCACGAGUGCUUGCUUAUCAGACUGAUUAUUUUAUUACGCCUGGUAUAUGGCCAUAUCUGAACACGCACAUUGUAAACACAUGCAGCAUAGAACAGAUUCAGUUUGUUUUAACAGGUGAUUUAAGUUCACAAGCUCUUUACUGGUGUAAAACAGAACUUACAGCAGUACAUACAGUGUGUCAGUCAGCAUGCUGGGUUCUUUGGUUGUUGCGUGGAUAUGCAUAUUCCUCUUAUUCCUCUUCAUUCGGAUCCGAAAGCCCAAGAACUUUCCCCCUGGACCUCAACCUCUUCCAGUAUUUGGAAAUCUGCUUCAUCUGGACAUUGCCAAUCCUUUGAAAGAUUUUAAAAGAUUUGCAGAACGCUAUGGGAAGCUUUAUGGCCUGUUUUGGGGAUCAAAACCAGCAGUGGUUCUUAAUGGUUUCGAGGUUAUGAAGGAAGCUCUGCUUACUAAAGCUGUAGACUUUUCAGGACGGCCUCAGGAAUUUAUGAUCAAUCAUAUGACAGAGAAUAAAGGUGUUAUUUUUGCCGACUAUGGCCCUGGUUGGAAGGAACAUCGACGUUUUGCUCUCAUGACCCUGAGAAACUUUGGUUUGGGGAAGCAAACAAUGGAAGAGAGGAUUCUGGGAGAGAUCUCACAUAUUGUUGCUUGUUUGGAAGAAAAUGCUGGAAGAACGGUGAGUCCCCAGACCUGGUUCCACAAUGCUGCAUCAAAUGUUAUCAGUUUGGUUCUGUUUGGAACGCGCUUUGACUACAGUGAUGAAUUUCUAACACGCUAUGUUCAACUUAGUAACGCUAUUUCAAAGAUCCUCAAUGGACCAUGGAACAUGAUAUACGACACAGUUCCUGCAUUGAGAUGCAUUCCUCUACCGUUUAGAAAAGGUUUUAAAGUCGUUGAGGAGAUAAAAAAUAUGACUUUGACUUUGAUCAACAAGCACAAGAAGACCAGAGUCCCAGGAGAGCCGAGAGACUUCAUUGACUGCUAUCUGGAUGAGCUUGAUAAGAGAGGGAAUGAUGGCUCCACCUUUGAUGAAUCCCGGCUCAUCAUGUACAUUGUGGAUUUGCACUUUGCAGGGACUGAUACAACGUCCAACACCCUCCUAACUGCAUUUCUCUACCUCAUGAAUCACCCCGAAGUUCAGGCGAGAUGUCAGCAAGAGAUUGAUGAAGUUCUGGAAGGUAAAGAUCAGGCGUCGUAUGAAGACAGACACAAUAUGCCGUACACCCAGGCUGUGAUUCAUGAAGUUCAGCGUGUGGCACACACCGUACCACUGAGUGUGUUUCACUGCACCACCAAAGACACAGAACUGAUGGGUUACAACAUCCCAAAAGGAACUCUUGUUAUUCCUAAUCUUACUUCUGUACUGAAUGAAGAAGGUCAGUGGAAGUUUCCUCAUGAGUUUAAUCCAGCCAACUUUCUGAAUGAUGAGGGCCAGUUUGAGAAACCUGAAGCCUUUAUGCCAUUUUCUAUCGGACCCCGUGUGUGUCUCGGUGAGGGUCUUGCUCGUAUGGAGCUCUUCCUGAUCAUCGUCACUCUGCUGCGUCGAUUCCAGUUUGUGUGGCCUGAAGAUGCCGGGAAACCAGAUUACACCCCUGUGUUUGGAGUUACACAAACACCUAAACCCUACAGAAUGCACAUCAAAUUCAGACAACCGUGCAAAUAAUACUAAUCAUGAUGUAUUAUAUGACUGGUCACAUAUAUUAAGGUUAACAAAAAUGAUUAAAUUUUUUUUAAUUAAAUUUCUAUAUCCUGACUAAGAAUAAGACAGUUCAGCCUCUUUGUUAAGAUCUGUUUGACGGACCGUUACUUAAAUUCUUAUACAGAAGCAUAAUAAGACUGAAGUUUACAUUUGAAUAAUUUUUUCAUGUGAUAAUCGAUGUGGGUGCAAUUGCGUCAGGUGGAAGCUCUACAAAUUGCUUAAACUCCAUAUUAAAAGCUGAGGAAAAAAGGGGGAAAUUGGAAUUGAUAGAAAUUGUUUAUGACAAUGUAAGAUAAUAAUUAACGGUUAAAACCGUAAUGCUCUAACCGGUUAACAUCAGCGAUGAAGAAAAUACAAGCUGCAAAUUACUUAGCAGCUAACUUUAUGUGUCUGAAACUGCCGAAUGUAGCAUCUAUGUACAUUUAUAUCUUUGGUCCGAGCUGGUCACUGCUGGUGCAAUUGAGUAGAUAAAAAAUGGUGUAGGCGUGUAGCCUACCGUUUCAUUACAUUUAAAGCGUAACUAAACCCCUGGUCAGAGCCUGACUCCACCCACUGGGAAUAUUUGAAACAUGCAAGAAAAGUGGGCAGAUAGAGGGGAUGAACUAAGCCCGUAUCAAGUGUGUGGUGAGAUCGUAACAACGGCGUGGUGAGCUUGAAACUGCUUACGUCACAAGGUAUUUGUUGGACCCAACAUCCAAUAGGAAAAUUCAACUGCAGUAGCCACCAUUCAACCUGAAGAGGGCAGCACUCAGACGUUUUUACACCAUAUAUUGUAGUAUUGAAACCAUAGACUGUAAAAAAAGAUAGACGUAGUGUCC